GACCUUGGCGGAGACUAGGCGGUCCCAUGACUCCAACACGCUUUCAAUUGAUGCUGAUGUAGAACUUUGUGCUAUCGUGCGCUCCAAACGGGACCACAGCGGCUUUCGAUAUUCAUGGGCUCGUACGAACCUAUGAAGCGCCGGGACUUGAAGGAAGACGUCGAACACGUCGACACCCUCACAGAAUCUCUCCUUCCUGGCUAUUACAUACCUACGAAGGCCACCAAAGCAAUCAGCAAAUGGAUUCAUUCAAUCGCCCUUCUCCUGUCGACAGUUCUCAUGAUAUGCUCAUUCUAUCUCGUUUUUCACGCUCCGAGUAUCGUGUGGCCACACGAUGUUCGAGGACUCCGAAAGCCAGACCAGUACCCUGGCCUCAACUUCGUGCCUAAAUACACAAAGAAAGGCCCUGCGACGAUAUUUCCAAGUAAGAUUGUUCGGGCGAAUAAGGCGUCUCCAGAUACAUUCUACGCACCUGGAGCACAUGUUGUACUCAGCGACAAUGAUUCCAUGUUCUACCAGUGGCCCAUGAAGCCUAGCAUCUUCAAGCUAUGUAUCAUCGAGGCUUGGGUCACGCCUCAGGACCAUCUUGAGCUUCUGCCUCCGAAUAAGACCUGGACGGCAUCUGGAAACCUCUCAGAGAUUCAAAUUUGGAAUGUCACAUCUCCUGCUGCGCCGAUUGAGAGCAUGAGCUGGAACACACGUCCAGAGAGAAUCUCGCUGCUUGGCACCGUGGCUUGGAUUACGCAUGCAGACAGACUGCAUCUGCCGGAAUUCGAGGAUGGAUGGCAGCUCAAGCCACCAACUCCCCGCUUCGAGUGUGGCUACAGAACCGUCAACACGAUCGAGGUCGCGUGCGAGGGCUGCAACAUCGAGUUCAAUCAGGUCUUCUCUGAACCGCCACUAGCAUUUGACUUGUCACAGAUCGGUUAGGAUAAAGUGAUCUUGUACGCGCCGGGCUAUCGUACUCGAAAUGGCUGACCAUCUCGCUAGAAUAUUCACCUGUGUUCAAUGAAGCGCUCUCCUUCGGUGUAGAUGAAACAGAACCUUGUAUGCUCCUUUCGAUUCCCAAGACGAUUCUUUAUCUCUGCCCACACAACAAUCGAUCG